AUGGCACAACACCAAAGUAGCAUUACUCCCUUUUUGAUUUCUCCCCCAAACGUACCACCUAAUGAAGAUUCUAUCCAACCAGUAAGAAAGAAAAAAAAAAUUUCAAGGAAAAAAACUAGUUGGAUAUGGGAGCAUUUUAUUGAAGGACAUACUGAUAAUGAUGAACCAGCCAUUAUCUGUCAAGUGGAAAAGGAAAAUGGUACGAAAUGCAAUGUAAAACUUAAACAUGAUAGUAGUGGAAUUAGUCAUCUAUGGUCUAUUCAUAAAAUGACUAACAAUGGAAAACAGCCAGAUAAACAACAAAAACUCAAUGUAACUGAAAAAUAUUCAGAAGCACAGCAAGAUAGACUUCGUCAAUUUCUGGAUGCUGCUAAAACUUCAAAAUACCUCAAUGCUAUUGCUGACGUUUCUACCAGAUGGUAUUCUAGUUAUUUGGCCUGGCGUCAUCUUACCAAAUUAAAAGGAUAUAUUAAAGGAUUAGUUAAUCAUCUUGAGCUUGAAUCUGAUCCUGAUUCCCGAAAGGAUGCAAAGCUACUAAAAAAUAUAAUGAUAAGUGAUGAUGAAUGGUCAUUAAUUUUGGAUUUAACCGAAAUUCUUUCUCACUUUGCAGAUGCAACAAACUAUUUGGGAGAAAGUAAAUAUUGUACUUACAGCAGCAUGAAUCCAACUAUUAUAGAGAUCAUGAAAUGGGUCCGUCCAUCUUCAAGUAACAAUGGCCUUACUGAUAUUGAUGUUGAUAGAAUUAAUGAUGCUUUUGGAGAAGUUUCUGAAUUAGAAAAAGAUAGAGAAAUCAAUACACCUGUUGAUACUUACGAUCUUUUAGAUCAAAUAAAAAAAAUUUUAUAUGGUGCAUUGAUUCAUUACUUUAAUCCUACAUCAUCUGAAGCUCUUUUGGCUGCUCUUCUUGAUCCACGGUUCAAAAACUUACAUUUAUUUACACAAAACCAAAAGCAAGAUGCUAUAGAUGAAUUGCAAAAUAGUGCGGAUUUAUUUUAUCCGGAUACUAGCCGGAUACAAACACUAUAA